AUGGGGUGUGAUAUUAUCCCCAUGGGCCAAUCAGAAGACGGUGCUGACGAGGAUGAUGAUUACUCGGGAGCGUUCGACCAAUCAGAGGGCCGGGCAGUGUUUGGUGGUGGGGGGGAGAGGGAAGGGGAGGGAGGAGGAGAAGGCGCUGAGGGAGGGGAAGGGAAGGAGGAAGGAGAGGAGGGAGAAGAGGAGGAGGUGGAUGAAGAGGAGGAGGAUGAAGAGGAGGAGGAUGGAGCGAUAUUGGCACUGGAAAAGCUGAGAAGUGUAUUGGGAGGGGGCAUGACUGUGGGCGUAGGCAUGGGCGUGGGCAUGGGCGUGGGCAUGUGUACAGGCACGGGGUUGGGCCAACACGAAACCGAUUUGCUAGCGACAGAGGUGCCAGUGUCUGCUCCUCUCGAACCGUCCUCUACCCCUCCCAACCGGUCCCUCCCUCCUCCUCCUCUCGCCAUUCCCACCCAGAUACCCCCUCAAGUGCCGGCACAGACACACUCACAGACACACACACGGAUGGCAGCACAGACAGCAGCACAGGCGCUAGCGCAAGCAGCGCCCAUGUGGGGCCCGCAGGGGCUGCUGCACUUUGUGUUCCGCAGCGUGCCUCUGCGCCAGUUUGUCAUGGCCGAGUUCCCCCCGGCGCUCAGCGACAGGCGGCAGCAGAAGACUCUCCUGCGGGCCUAUCAAACGAUGCACUCUUCCAUGACAGCUCAGACCCCCGUCACCGCAACGCACGCCACUGGCGGCGCCACGUCAGCAGCCUCCUCUGCCAUGUCAGCAUCCUCAUCGUCCACGUCAGCAUCAUCAUUGCUGGCUGCGAUGGAAACGGGCGGCAGUUGCCCCAUGCCGGGCGGCAUCAAGACGCAGUAUAGACGAACCAAGGACUUUGUGCUGCUCUCCUGGCGAACGCCUGACUUUGAGAUCAUGGCUGCAUUCGACCCUCUAGCAACCAAGGUGCGGUUGGUGGCAUUGUGUGUUGCUGGUAGAGUGUGCUGA